AUGACGGAUUUGCAGCAAAUUCGCAAGCUCAAGAUUAAACCUCACGGAGUCGUGGAAAAUUUGGCGUUGGCCUAAUGCUUUAAGAUAGGGGCGCUACGCAAUCGACCGUCGGCGGAAGUUCAAAUUUUAGUUUUCGAUGCACCCGUCACGACCCCGUGAUAAAGACGCAUGCACAAAAAGCUUUCCAACGUUUUCACACGGAGUAAGAAUUCCAAAGCCAACUUCAGCAAGAUAUUUGUAGAAAUCCACCUGGAAAUAAGAUCAAAAGCACUAAAACCUUUGAAAUAACAGUGAAUAACAGUGUUAUUUAGAAAAUGAGACAACGUAAAAUUUGAGCGAGCGAUCCGUUCAAUAAAGUUUUGAUGGCUUCCAGAGGGAUUUUACUGAUUAUUGACUUUUGAAAAGCUCGGCGGCAUUUUCGUGCAAUAAUUAGACUAGAAAGUCGAUUUUUAUGUUUGCACUCAAAAAACGGGACAUAAAGCUUUCAGAAAAAAUUGGAAAUCUCCUGACCGCUUUUUCUAACAAGAAUGUUUUAAUUUACACUGAAAUUUUCGGAAAAAAGCAAGGUUUCCGUUGAAAAAUUGUGGUGGCUUAGGUUUCUCUAAAGAUCGGCCACGACGUGCACACCUCGGCCAUUUCCGCAUUUUUUUGCCGAACGCAAACGGUACAAAAAGGGCGUCGUAAGUUACGAAAAGGAUAAAAACAAUUUGCAAAAAAUGUUUAGUCAAUCUUCGUUUUAUUGUACUUCACGGAAUCCUUUUUUGCCCUUUGCAGCUCCACCAGAACAAUGAAAAUCUUGAGUCGUCAACCUCCGCGUCCGACGUAAGCACUUUCAGCAGAAAUUGGGCUGAAAUUCGAAUUCCAGAUGGCUCACUAACCGAUUGGAAAACAAAAUUGCCGUUGGAAACGUGCGCGCGCUGAUUCGAAUACUUGAAAACGUGGUUGAGAAAACGGAACGUGUGGGCCGAGAAAUUCUCGACGAAAACGAUGAAAAUGCUAAUGUGAGACAGCAGAAAAUGCGGUAAAAUUGUAAUUUUCAGAACGAGAAUCAUGAUUUUACGCUAGAGAACAUCAUGACGAUAGCUCUGAACGUUCACUCGGAAAUCGUCGCGAGAACAAACGUUUUCGCGGACAAGUUGCGCAAUUUCGAAAGUCCGCAGGAGACGCCGAAACGAGACGGAACGAUUUUGGGGCGGAUGUUCGAAGUGAAAGAGUCGCCGAGCACUCCGAGCAUCCCGCCGCCCAUCUCUGACACGUGGCGUCCCCUCCCAGAUCGCUUUAAAGUCGGCGAAAUUCGCAAAAACCACUUUGAAGUUCAGCCCGGAAACCUGCACAGAUUCACGCUCUGGAGCAGAUCUCUCGAAGGUUCGGACGCCGAUAAACUGCGAAUUUCAAAUGUGCUCAAUAAUCUGGGGUGUGUUUGUGGUAUCACUGAAAUUUAAAACGUUUUGAACAUUUCAGAAUUGAAAUUUACCCAGAAGCCAUUGCGAUUCCGAAAGGCCAACGGAACAGCGGAUAUUCGACGAAAGAGAUGCGAAAACGAGUCACUUUUGAGGUGGACGAAAUGAGGACUUUCGAGAUCUUGCGAAAAUGCGACGGAGAUUCGUGCAAACUCGCCGGAGCCGGCGUUUUGCUGAUGGAAGAGCUGAGCGAGUGGGACGUGAUCCGAAUGGAAACGAUGAACCUGGCGGCGAUGCAGUUCAGCAAAACUUUCACAGUAAAUUCUCUGAAGGUGUGCAAGGACACUCUGACGAUCUGGAAGAACGGUCGCGCGAUUCAGACGAUCAGUUUGGAAAAUCUCAUCAGCGAUCACAAAGAGAUUUUCUAUAAAAGCAUCCACUUUUUGACGGAAGAGGCCGAAGAAGAGAUCGAGGAUUACGCGAUUCACUUGUUUUAUGACAGACCGCACUAA